AUGUCCAAGACACUGAAGAAGAAGAAGCACUGGUCCUCUAAAGUACAGGAGUGCACCGUGUCGUGGAGCGGUUCCGGGGAGUUGUCCACGGUAGUUGAGGUGCGAGGCGGCGCCGAGCUGGGGGAGUUCCCCCACCUCGGACACACCGUCUCGGAGGCGAUGGUCUGUCACGCCGGGAGGUUCCCCUGCAGCGGGGACGUGCUGCUGGAGGUGAACGGCACGCCGGUGAGCGGGCUCACCAACCGAGACACACUGGCUGUCAUCCGCCACUUUCGGGAGCCCAUCCGCCUCAAGACUGUGAAACCAGGUAAGGUGUUGAACACUGAUUUGCGUCACUACCUCAGCCUGCAGUUUCAGAAGGGCUCCCUGGACCACAAGCUCCAGCAGGUGAUCAGGGACAACUUGUACCUGCGCACCAUUCCCUGUACCACCCGGCAGCCCAGAGAGGGGGAAGUUCCUGGAGUGGACUACAAUUUCAUCAGCGUGGGGGAGUUCCGUGACCUGGAAGAAAGCGGACUGCUGCUAGAGAGUGGCACCUAUGAUGGAAACUACUAUGGGACCCCUAAGCCCCCUGCAGAGCCCAGCCCCGUGCAGCCCGACUUGGUGGAUCAGGUUCUGUUUGAUGAAGAGUUUGACACGGAGAUCCAGCGAAAACGCACAACCUCGGUCAGUAAGAUGGACAGAAAGGACAGCGCCGCGCCAGAGGAGGAAGACGAAGACGAGAGGCCUCCGAUGGUCAACGGCCUGGCUGAGCACAAGGACAAGGCGGAGUGGCGGAAGACGGUACCCAGCUACAACCAGUCAGCCGGCGCCAUGGACAUGCGUGUGUGGAACACGCAGGACGAGGGUCAAGAGUCCCUGCCUAAAAACUGGGAGAUGGCCUACACGGAGACCGGCAUGGUCUAUUUCAUAGAUCACAACAGCAAGACCACUACUUGGCUGGACCCACGCCUUGCCAAGAAGGCCAAGCCUCCCGAGAAAUGCGAGGAAGGAGAGCUGCCCUACGGCUGGGAGAAGAUUGUGGACCCCCAGUACGGCACCUACUACGUAGACCACAUCAACCAGAAGACCCAGUUUGAGAAUCCAGUACAGGAAGCUAAGAGAAAGUUCAGCGUUGACACGCCCGCUGCAGUGCUGCCGCCGGCAGCUACACCCUCAGCGGAGGAGCCCGCUAGGGGAGUGCGGGGCUUCACACGAGAUCCGUCUCAGCUGCAGGGCUCCAUCCUGCAGACAGCACUGAGAAAAAGCCCCCAGGGCUUCGGGUUCACCAUCAUCGGAGGAGACCGACCCGAUGAGUUCCUUCAGGUCAAAAACGUCCUUCCGGAUGGGCCUGCCGCACAUGACAACAAGAUCGCCUCAGGUGACGUGAUCGUGGACAUCAACGGGGCAUGUGUGUUGGGGAAGACUCACGCCGAUGUGGUGCAGAUGUUCCAGUCCGUCCCCAUCAACCAGUACGUAGACAUGGUCCUGUGCCGGGGCUACCCGCUGCCCGAGGACUCCAGCAGCAGCGAGGAGGCCUCCGGAGGCCCCUCCACCUCCAUGGACACUUCCACGUCCACGCCACAGGAACCCCCGUACACUGUCCCAGACGGAGGCACCCUCUCCAGGCAGAUCGCUGCGGUACCGCCCAUGGCCAACGGCGGACGCCACCACCACCACCACCCUCAACAACAACAACACCACCACCACCACCACCACCACCACGUUUCUCACGUCGCCAACCCAGAAGGCCCUGACCCCACUCUGCUGCAGCCGGAGCUGGUGAGCGUGCCCCUUGUGAAAGGCCCCGGAGGUUUCGGCUUCGCCAUCGCAGAUUGCCCCCUGGGCCAAAAGGUGAAGAUGAUCCUGGACGCCCAGUGGUGCCGCGGCCUGCUGAAGGGCGACGUGAUCAAGGAGGUCAACAGGCAGAACGUCCAGACGCUGAGCCACUCGCAGGUGGUGGACAUCCUCAAAGACCUGCCCGUGGGCAGCGAGGUCAGCGUGCUGGUGCUCCGGGGAGGUCAGACAUCUCCUGUGAAAUCCCUAAAACCAUGCACAGCCCCCAUGUCCCAGGCCGUGUCCCAGCCUGCUCCUCAACAGGCGCCCCAUGCCUCGCCCCAGCCCGUCGGCCAGCCGCAGCGACAGGAGGCGGUUAACAGCGCAGAGGCCCUCGGUCAGGCCGAGGUGGCCCCCAACCCGCUCCCUUUCUCUGGCAACACCCUGCGCUCGUCUUCACCCAAGCCGGACGCGUCGGAGCUCUACCUCAAGUCCAGGGCCUUGUUGGACAGCAAGCCUCCUAAUACCAAGGACCUGGACGUGUUCAUCAAACGGAACCAGGAGUCAGGCUUUGGCUUCAGAGUCCUCGGAGGCGAGGGCCCAGAUCAGCCGGUGUACAUUGGCGCCAUCGUGCCGCUCGGCGCGGCUGAGAAGGACGGGCGCCUGCGGGCGGGGGAUGAGCUGCUGUGUAUAGACGGCGUGCCAGUCAAGGGCAAAUCCCACAAACAAGUUCUGGAGCUGAUGACCAACGCCGCCCGGAACGGCCAAGUCAUGCUCACAGUCCGCAGGAAAAUGACACACACAGGUGAUUGUGGAGAGGAGGAGAGCAGUCAGCAGCCCCCGCAUGUAGCCUCUGCCCUGGUCAACAGCUCUCCCAAGAUGCCUCGGGGCGAGGUUCCCAACGCCGUCCAGCCCGGCCGGCCCGAGUGCUUCGACGUCACUCUGCAGCGCAAGGACAACGAGGGCUUUGGCUUCGUCAUCCUCACGUCAAAGAACAAGCCCCCACCUGGAGUUAUACCUCACAAGAUCGGCCGUAUUAUCGAGGGCAGCCCGACGGACCGUAUAGGCCAGAUGAAGGUGGGAGACCGGAUCUCUGCCGUCAACGGGCGCUCCAUCAUGGAGCUGUCGCACAACGAUAUUGUCCAGCUCAUCAAGGACGCCGGCAACUCGGUCACCCUCACCGUCGUGCCUGAAGACGACAGCGCUCCUCCAUCUGGAACCAAUUCAGCCAAGCAGAGUCCUUCGGCACAACACCGAGCUAUGGGCCAACAGCCUCCCAGCUAUCCAGACAGGAAUGGUGACACCGAGAUGAGGAACUCUUUCCCACCAAGAGAGAUGGGAACACUCAUCACGUCAGGCUCCAAGCAGGGCUGUCUGGUGGUAGAGCUGGACCGCAGCCAGCGGGGCUUCGGCUUCAGUCUGAGAGGAGGGAAAGAGUACAACAUGGGCCUGUUCAUCCUGCGCCUGGCCGAGGACGGACCGGCUCUUAAAGACGGCAGGAUACACGUUGGCGAUCAGAUAGUGGCGAUCAACGGCGAGGCCACCCAGGGCAUCACACACACUCGUGCUAUUGAACUGAUCCAAGCAGGAGGCAGUAAAGUCCACCUGCUGCUUCGGCCCGGCCAGGGCUUGGUCCCGGAUCCCAGUUCAAAGGACAAAGUAACCAUUCCAACCUCAAGCUUCCCCAGACUCUCUGUAUCUGACGGCCAGUCGGCUCCGGCCUCCCCAUCCUCGGUCUCCCUCUCGGCCUCGGAACUGUCCCCGUCUUCGCCCAAAACCUCCGCCCCGGAGGACUUCUCCGGGGGGGAUCCCAGGGCGCCGGGGUCCCCUGGUGCCGGGCAGGAGCACGCUAGGCAGGCCAACCAGUCGAGAGGACAGCAGCUCUCUCACCAGAACCCCAGGCGCACCACCAGCCCCAGCACCCACACCGGGACAACCAGCCGGAGUGAGUCCAAGCCCUCCGGUCCCGUGGGAGCCUCGGAUCGCCAAGAGCGCUCCCAGAGCCCCAGGAAAGCCGAGCGAGGCCACAGCGGAUCCUUGGAGGAUGUGGGGAAAGACCGAAAACCCCGAGGGCAGCAGAGAGACCACCGCUCCUCCAGCCCCAGGAAGAGCUCCAAGAGGGAGCCGGACCCCGCUGUGCCCCUGAAGAACCCGGAGGAGGAGCCCCAGAGCCCCCGGCGUCCAGCCGGCCAACAACCCAGCGCCGCCUCCGGAGAAGGCCAAGACCGGAGGUACAUGGAGGAGGACGGGGCCUACCGGCAGGAGAGGGGGGCCACGGAGGGCGGAGACAAAAGCUCGGGGACCGGCGAGCGCAAGAAGAGCAAAAGGGCCGAGCAAGAGGCAGCGGCGCAGAAAUCCCUCUCGCAGGCUCCCGGGGAGAGGGCCGGUUCGGACGCCGACGGCGGCACCCUGAGCCGGAGGAGCCGAAGGGAGAAGGGGGACAAGGAACGUCAGGAGAGCAAGUACCAUGGGCCGCCUGAAGAAGUGAACCGGAAGGAUCCCAGAGGGUCGAGCAGUAGCAUCCAGGACCCCAGCUGCAACGGGACCGCCACCAGCAAGAAGGCUCCCAUCACCCCCGGUCCGUGGAAAGUUCCCAGUUCUGCGAAGAUCCAGUCCCAGGCGGAUAUCUGAUCUCCGAUAUCCUCCCAGGACUCUCGGCGAACAUUAAGAGAAAGCUGAGCCACUAAAAGAUGUACUUUUCAGGAUGGAAGGAUUACAAUUUUUUGAUUUUCUAACGAUCCACGGACAAAGCAGAUCACUGUGUAACCAGCAAUGUGGCUUCUCAUGAAUUUUUCUUUUUUUAUUUUUUCACCCAGUUUGCCUCGGUCAGUUUGCAUCCAGCAGCUGACAGUACGUGAUCGUACCGACAGGAGUGUUUGUACUGUGCGAAGACGAGUGUGUGUAACAGGUUGGUUCUGAGGGAGAUUUUUAUUUUUAUUUUUUUGGGAUGCUACACUGAAGUCUAUUGUGUGCCAAUCAGAGACUCCGGUUAUAAAGAAGCUGCUCCGUAUUGCACUCACUGUGAGACAGUACCCGCCUCGAUGAAGGAUCCCGCUUUGAUUUAUUAUUUUAUUUUUUUUGUGUGUCACUUUGUAAGUUUUGAGACAGUCGCUCUGCUUUUUCUUCCUGGUGAGAUUGAUUCACCGUUGCUGUCACUAGAAAGCGACACCGCUGAGUUUAUCUUAAAAAUCGUCCGCAGAAGGAUGUCUUCUACGGUCUUUUUUUUUUUUUUUCUUUCUUUCUUUCUUUUUUUUCUUUCCGAGAGUCAGACUAGAAUUGUGUACUGUAUGGGUGGCUGUAUUCAUGCACAUUAAUCGACCCUCUGAUCCCGUUGGCUUAUCGGAGGGCAGACCGACUACCCCGGAGCUUUAUAUGCAUCAAUCAGCAGACCAGAUACUUGUGGUUCUAGUUCUUAAUGUUUGUUAUAUGGGUGUUGAUAUUAAAAAGCAUAGUGUAAUUUAUUGAAAUUAUAUGUGAGCAAAAAAACUGUUAGUACACACAUCCAUGUUGAGUCAUUUCACUUUUGAUGUGGACUUAAUGCUGGAAAUAGAAUGCGUAGACGAGCAUUGUCACCUAAAAACAAUAACCCUACGAAAUCUAUACAUUCUAUUUCUAAGAUGUCGUGGUCUGUGAACAGUCACGCCAGCCUGAUUCAUGAUGUUGUCUACUGUUAGCAGCUCUGUGUUUUAGAUCCUCUGGCUAUGUGUGUGUAUGUAUACAAGCUGACUGGUAGGCCUGUGUCUUUUUUUUUAUUUAAUUUUUUAGAUGACUCAUAUGUAGCAGUGACUAUACUUAAUCCGAAACCUAUAUCAUUUAACAAAGUGACUACUCAUAUAUUGACACAUACUUUAGAUGAGUAGCGGAGCGUGAUUGUAAGAAGUGAGACCUCUGCCUUCAACUUAAAUGAAAACUUUAAGAGAGAAUUGUAUUUUUAUGAUCACAAAUGUAGGCACAAACAAAACCUAUCCCCUUUCCCUCAUUCUAACCUCCAAAUCUAUUUUUUGAUCAACUUUGUUUUAUUUAGUACAUAACCCAUAAUGUGAGAAAAAUGUAAAUGUUUGAUUUAUUUGUUCAUCAUUAACAAAAUCAUGGCUGUCACGUUUUUUUGAUUUUUUUGAUUUUUUUUUUUUUUUCCUUUUUGUCUUUCAUUAUAAAUAAAGCCAGACACUCAUAUUUUCCACACAAUGAGAGAAAGUCAUCACAAUAUGCUUCCCUUUAGCGGUUGCACACAGUGCAUAAUGUGAAAAUGGCUCGACUUGCUUCUUUGGGAGUCCUAUUUAAAAUUGCUCUAUAAAGAUUAUCAAAUUUAAUCAAACAGGGAUUUAAGUCCUAGAUGAAGAAAAAAAAAAUAUAUAUAUAUAUUAUAUAAUUUUUAUAUUUAUUGGGAUCAGUUGUGGCCUUCUCUGAAGACAAAAUGUAGUGUUUAAAUGUUGCUACUGUGGAGUACAGAGACAUCUAGUGGUUCAUGAAGUGCUAUUCACCAACUAGUCGUCGUCUGAGCCGUAGCUUUAUCGGCCGGUUUAAGGAUGUACAGAAGAAACCCACGCAUUGGUCUGUGAAACCACUUACUAAUUUAUUGUCCACUUUUUUUUUUUUUUUUUUUUUUUUAUAUGAUGGGCUACUGUAUAAUUUACUGUUCAUGCCAUUACCGUGUAUGAUCCUGUGGCCUUGCAUCGC